AUGGGAGAUGCCGCCUCGGCUUCUUAUAUUCGCAUGGUAAUUUUUUUUUGGUGGGGAGGGGGGGGGAGGGGAGGGGGGGAGAGAAGAACGCACAGAGCCUCACCAUUACCAUUAUCUCUGUUACACCCUCCCUCCCUCCCUCCCUCCCUCCCUGACGGUCAGUCCUUUUGGUCGGUGGCUGGUUUUAGGUGCAACACCUGAUCGAGAAGUGCCUCAUCUUCCACAUGAGCCAGGAGGAGUGCGUGGAGGCCCUCUUCAAGCACGCCAACAUCAAGCCCGUCAUCACAUCGACUGGUCUGCCCCCCUCCCACCACGCCUCUCUCCCCUUCUCUCUUGUCUCUCUCUCUAACUCCCACGGCUGCUGCUGCUGCUGCUGCCUUCGUACCUGGUUCAGUUUGGAAGGAGCUGGAAAAGGAGAACAGGGAGUUCUUCGAGGCCUACGAUCGUGAAAUGCAGCACCGGGCCUUCCAGGAGGACGCGAUGCAGGCGAUCCACAAGCUGCUCUCGGAGUUCGCUUCCAGAGACCCCGACGAGUAG